AUGCUGCUCAAUCCAACCAAGAGCGUCAAAGUCCUUAUCAUUGAAACCGGCAAGCUCUUGAGAGGAACCAGAUGUCGACUCACAGGGCGAGGCAGAGGUAGAAUAGGCAAUGUUAAUCCUGGUCUGACCGGGAAUGAACUAGUAGACUUCAUGGCUGUGGCUAUGCAGGCGACAGCCGAGGCAUUAGAGUUCCACAAGAAAUACUUUCCCGGUUCAGUUAGGAAUGCUAAAGAACUUGAACUGCUUCAGCUGAAACAAGGCCAAAUGACUGUUAUUGAGUAUACUAGCAGGUUUGAGGAGUUGUGCUGCUUUUCCCGGAUUUCUCAAGGAGCUCCUGAGGAUUUUGCUGAGCGGAAAUGUAUGAAGUAUGACGGAGGCUUUCGAAGUGAUAUUCUGAGCUUCGUUGUACCUAUGGAGAUUAGGAUGUUUUCUGAACUCGUGAAUAAGAGUAAGGUAGCUGCGGAGUAUGUGAGAAAGGCUGCAGCAGAAAAAGGAAGUCUGAGAGUGCCUUUUCAGAGGACUCCAGGGAGGAAUUUUGCACCAAGGGGCAAAAACUUCAAACGUGGCAGCUUUGUCCCUCAAAACAAUCAAGGGCAGGGCAACUUCAGAAGUUCGAAUGCUAAUGCUAAUCAACGAAGAAGGUAUGGAAAGCAGCCACAACAGAAUUUGAGCUGUCACAGAUGUAGGAAGUAUCAUCUGGGAGUCCCAUGCAGGUUUGGUACUAGGAUAUGCUACUUUUGUGGACAACCCGGGCAUCUGGCCGGGAAUUGUCCGGAGAAGAAAAAAUAUGAGACCGGAAGGUUACAACAGCCAGGGAGAGUGUACACCACUUCUGCAACAGGUGCUGAGGGGUCAGAGACACUGAUUAGAGUUAACGGUGAAAUAACCGGGAAAGUUUUGAGUGAAUUAUUUGAUUUUGGAGCAACACAUUUAUUCAUUGCAUUUGAAAAGGCUGAUGAGUUAGGAUUGAAAAUAGUGGUCUUGGGUUAUGAUUUAAAGGUGUAUAAUGCUACCCACGAAGCUAUGGUGACUAGGUUAGGAUGUCCACAAGUCCUGUUUUGA